CCUUUGUUCUGCCUCAUUUCCACUUUCAUUACUCUAAAUUUUUUAUUCAAUUAGACGCGCACCUGCUUACACUUUCGGAAACGACAGUGCUUUGCCUUCCAAUUAACAAUCUAGCAUCACCGGUGCCUUAGCAACUACUUUCAUUUUCAAGUUAUAAAGGAACAAUUUGCUAACAGCCAAAAGAUGGGUGAUCAUGACAAAGCGAGAGAUAAAGCAGCAAGGCUGCUGAAGAAACAAGGCAGUAUGUCAUCACUAGCCAGUAUAGACAUCAGACACGACAACAGACAUCACAAACAUGGUCCCAGUUCUAUGAGCACAGUAUCAUUCAUGGAUGAGCCCGGUCAUGAGGACCACUUCAGACCGCAGGUGAAAUGUGAAAACACAUACCAGUUGGAGCCUAAAAAGAAGUUCCCAGCAGCAAAAGUGAAACAUAUUAUCCAUGAUGUCCUGGAAAGUUACCUAGCUGAGGAGAAAUACGAGCCAGAACUCUGCAGACAAAUGUCAAAAACUAUAUCUGAGGUAAUCAAAGCUAGAGUGAAAGAAAUGAUGAUUCCACGAUUUAAGGUGAUCUGUUUGGUGCAUAUAGGUCAGUUGAGUAGUCAAGGUCUACGCAUUGGCAGUCGCUGUUUGUGGGAUGAUAAAUGUGACACUUUCUCAACAUCCGAGUUCAGAAAUAGGUCAAUAUUUGCUAUAGGAAGUGUAUAUGGCGUGUACUAUGAGUAAAGGAGGAAGAAUUAAUGACAGAAAAUGGCCAAGGAAAUACAACUGCAAUUACUGAAUAGUAUUUAUGUAUGGGACAUAAGACUUGAGAACAAAAGAAAAAAGUUUCCCCAGAGUACAGAUUUUAACAUUACAACAUAGGUCAUUGUGCUGUUAAAGCUGCCUGUUUCAUCCACUAACAGUUCGGUGAAAAAUUAAUGAGAACACAUCACUAUUUCCAUGAGUAAUGGGUUCACAUUAAAGCAGUACUAAUGUUAGAUGUUUUCGAAGCAGACUUUUUUUAUUAUGCCCCCGGCAUCUACUGAUGCGGGAGGCAUAUAGUGAUUGUCCUGUCCAUCCGUUCAUUCGUCCAUUUGUUCGUUCGUUUGUUCAUUCGUCUGUCCGUAUGAGGUUUACCAAAUGGGACUGUUUUGUCUAGCAUCAAUACCCCUUACUAGAAUGACUUGGUACUAAUGCAGAUGUAACCUGUGACCAUUCCUCAUCUUCAGACAUCACCUGACCUCAGUUUGACCUUGACCUCAUUUUGGACUUAGGUUGCUUUAUAUGGGCCAUCUCUUGGUUAACCAAAUGGGACCGUUUCUUCUAGCAUCAAUACCGCUUACAAGAAUGAAUUGAUACUAAAUACAGAUGUAACCUGUGACCAUUCCUCAUCUUCAAACAUCACCUGACCUCAGUUUGACCUUGACCUUGACCUCGUUUUGGACUUGGGUUGCUUUGUGUCGACAAGGAUGCCACCGGGGGCAUCAAGCGUCUAUUGAACGCAGCUCCAUGUUUAACACAAUACUGCUUCUGAUGUAUAUCAUUUCAAGAGAGUAUGUUUUCUCACAAAAUGUUACACAGCAUAAAAUAACUUAAAUUUGAUGAAAUGUUUGCCAAAUACACAUAUUUUAAUGCAGUGUAUUUUAUUAUAGGAUACUGUGCCACUGUUGACAUACACUUGUGUUAUUUUUAUUGUUUGAAUGUUAAUCAUGUUGACUUACAGCUUAAAAUGUUGACCGAAGUAUUUUGGCAUUCUUAAUACAGCAGACUAAUAAUUCAACUUUCAGUCAAGAGGGUGCUAGAAAUCUUUCAACUGGAAAGCUUUUUAUAUCUUUAAAAUAACUUGAGAAUAAGUGUUUGUGAAUUUAAGAACUGAUUUUAUUUAACACAGGGACAUCUACAGAUUGAUGUUUUUUUUAGUUAUUUGACUUUUUAGUUUGAAGUGAAAGGAAACAAAGUAAUUCAGUGAGUUUACUGCAGUACUUACUCACAACAGUAAAUAUACUAUAAUCUCAAGCCUAUGGUUUUUCAGGAUGUCCUGAUUACAAGUUUUUGGCUGUCGGACUUCCCUAUAAAUAACUCUAUUAAAAAAGGACAUGUCAGGCUUUAGAAAGAAGGUUUUCAGGCUUCUCAUUUCAAACAGAAUCUCAGGCCUGUAGACGGUAAUAUAAUAGGGAAGAUACCCGGUACUACUGUGUGAGCCUUGCAGUAGAAUAGAAGGAAUUGAUCUGAACAAUUUACCUUACCCAUAAAAUGUCAACUUUAAUGAUACUUGUUUGGUUCUUUAACUUUUAUAAACCUUGUUAGCUCAUCUGAUUUUUUGAAAAAAAAUGAUGAGUUAUUGUCAUCACUUGAGCGGUUGUCGGCGUCGGCGUCGACGUUGACUGGUUAAGUUUUAUGUUUAGGUCAGCUUUUCUCCUAAACUAUCAAAGCUAUUGCUUUGAAACUUGGAAUACUUGUUCACCAUCAUAAGCUGACCCUGUAUAGCAAGAAACAUAACUCCAUCUUGCUUUUUGCAAGAUUUAUGGCCCCUUUUGUACUUAGAAAAUAUCAGAUUUCUUGGUUAAGUUUUAUGUUUAGGUCAACUUUUCUCCUUAACUAUCAAAGCUUUUGCUUUGAAACUUGGAAUACUUGUUCACCAUCAUAAGCAGACCCUGUACAUCAAGAAACAUAACUCCAUCUUGCUUUUUGCAAGAAUUAUUGCCCCUUUUGGACUUAGAAAAUCAGUUUUCUUGGUUAAGUUUUAUGUUUAGGUCAGCUUUUAUCCUAAACUAUCAAAGCUAUUCCUUUAAAACUUGCAACACUUGUUCACCAUCAUAAGCUGACCCUGUACAGCAAGAAACAUAACUCCAUCCUGCUUUUUGCAAGAUUUAUGGCCCCUUUUGGACUUAGAAAAUAUCAGAUUUCUUGGUUAAGUUUUAUGUUUAGGUCAACUUUUUCUCUUAAACUAUCAAAGCUAUUGCUUUAAAACUUGCAACUCUUGUUCACCAUCAUAAGCUGACCUUGUACAGCAAGCAACAUAACUCCAUCCUGCUUUUUGCAAUAAUUAUUGCCCCUUUUGGACUUAGAAAAAUCAUUUUCUUGGUUGAAUAUUAUGUUUAAGUCAACUUUUCUCAUAAACUAUCAAAGCUAUUGCUUUAAAACUUGCAACAGUUUUUCACCAUCAUAAGUGGACACUGUACAUCAAGAAACAUAACUCUAUCCUGCUUUUUGCAAGAGUGAUGGCCCUUUUUAGACUUAGAAAAUCAUGGGUAGGACAAUAUUUCUAUUAUACAAAAAAAAUCAGAUGAGCGUCAGCACCCGCAAGGCGGUGCUCUUGUGUAUUUUAUGUUUCAUAAUGUGAUCUGCAAGGUUUGCCUUGAUGUGUGCCUCUUUAAGGUCUACCUUGAUGUGUGCCUCUUUAAGGUCUACCUUGAUGUGUGCCUCUUUAAGGUCUACCUUGAUGUAUGCCUCUUUAAGGUCUACCUUGAUGUGUGCCUCUUUAAGGUCUACUUUGAGAUGUGCCUCUCUAAGGUCUACAUUGAGGUGUGCCUCUUUAACGUCUACCUUGAGAUGUGCCUCUUUAAUGUCUACCUUGAGGUGUGUCUCUUUAACGUCUACCUUGAGAUGUGCCUCUUUAAUGUCUACCUUGAGGUGUGCCUCUUUAACGUCUACCUUGAGAUGUGCCUCUUUAAUGUCUACCUUGAGGUGUGCCUCUUUAAUGUCUACCUUGAGAUGUGCCUCUUUAAUGUCUACCUUGAGGUGUGUCUCUUUAAGUUCUACCUUGAGAUGUGCCUCUUUAAGGUUUACACUGUAUGUCAUUUUCAGUAUGAAUAUUUUAUCCUAAUGCAUUAAUACCCUUCUUUUUAAGCAGUAUGAUAUAUAUGGUCAUAAAUUAUCUUCAACCUUUAUGGAAAAUUUUCAGUGAAUAAAAAAUGUAGUGAUGUAUUUAAUAACUCAGUGAAUAUACAUGAAGGAAAUGCAUAAUGGCCUUAGAUAUUGGAGGCCUUUUUGUAAUUUAUGAAUCAUGGGUAACAGGUACUUAAAACUGUGAUAUAUUUGAAAUUAUGUUACUGUAGGGAUGAUUGUUUACAUGUUUACUUAUACUCUUCAUAUGAUGUUACACAAUGAACCAAACAGACAUACAGAAUUUCACCACAAACACUUGUAGACAGUAAUUUGCAUAGGAAUAUUAUAUAUGGGCUUAUUUAAAGCUACUCGCCCACAGUUUGGAUGAAAUUUUUCAACAUGUUCAUUUCCACCAUGUUAGGCAAAGAAUGUGUAUAUGACACUGAAAAAUGAUAAAAGUGGAUGAAAAUUAAAGUUAGAUAAUGGUAAAAAUGCAAUAAGAACAUAAUUUUUCAGCAUUAUUUUAAAAACGUUGCAACAGUUUAUUACAUUCUGCACAAUAUUUUUGGUUAUUUAUAAGAAUAUCUUGCAAAACAAUUAUGACAAUAAGUUUGUACUGCUAGUCGUUUUCAGAGUACUCACUUUUUAUGGAUUUUUGAAAGAAAUUAUUUUUCGCCUCAACUUGAUGUGUGGGUUAGUCCCUUUAAAUAAAUCUGAUUUGGCACUAAAAUAGUUGUGAUAUAUUACCUACAUUUAUGUAAUGUUUUCUAUAUAGAAACAGUAUUAGAAUGUAAUUAAGCAGUUCUUUUAUUAAACUGUACUAAUAUAAGAAUCAUUACUUGUGCUUCAGCCUCAAGGCUGAUGUUUGUUACAGAUAGUUAUGUAAGGUGAAUAUUUGUAUGUUUAACUCUGAUAUAGCAUAGUUAGUUGUUGAAUGAUUUUCUAUAUUGAUAAUCAAAUUGUUCAUGUGUUCAAAUGAGACAGGACAUACAGCAUCUGAACUUGAGGCUGCUUGGAUGUGUACAAAAUAUUUUAUAUGCUUCUGAAGUUUGGGCUUUUCUUUAAAACAAACUAAUAUAUGUACAUACUUAAAACGGCAUAGGCUGAAUACAAGUUAUGGAAAAAACUACUUCAGUUAUUUUUUGUUGUUAAGAAGUAAAAUUAUAAAAAAAAAGUUUGCCAUAAGAGUUCCUCAUUACAAGUAUUUGGUUCUGGACUCAAUAGUAUUAUAAUAUAUUCCAUAACAAAUGAACAGAUAUUUUCAAACAAAGCUGAAAGGUCAGAUGUGGUUGCAAUAGAAUAGAUGGGGUUUUUUUUCAAAGUGCUUCAUGUUUGCAGUUUUUAACUUUUAUCAACAUAUAUUUAUAUUCCACAUGAAUAUUAAUGUAGUGAUAUGUAUAUUUAUCACAUGUUUGACUUGCUUAUUUCAUUCAUUUUCCCUGCAUUUUCAUUUGGUUAAGUUAAGUACAGGAGCUUUUUAUACUGUAGCGAUCAUACCAUUUAAAAUGGCUGUAAGUAAUUAUGCACUGUCUAUUUGCUUAAAAAGAGAUCUGAUGAAAUCAUUUCUGUUAAAUAUGUUGAAAUCAUUUGUAGAAUACACUGACAUAAAGUUUUAUAAAAUCAAAUUCCAUUAAGCCAGUCAUGUUUAUUAUGAAGUGUAAAUCAAAACCAUGUAUUAGUCUUAAAAUCAAAGUACACCUUUACUGCCAGCAUUGCAAUUUAAAAGACCAGGUAUCACUAUAGUACCUGUUUCAUACCUCAUACAGUAUGUUCAACAAGACCCACAUUAUAUAUUGCUUAUAAAGAUCACCUGUAAUUGAAAACAAGGAAUAAUUACAUGCAGUAUAUGCUAAUUAAUAGAUUUAAUUACAAUUACAAGUACUUGAAAAUAUGUUCAGUUAAACAUUACUCUCAAUUACUAAUACAUGAGAAAAUGUUCUUAAUUUCUAUUACAUUUUAAUUACCCCCGGUCUGGCCCAGCAACCUUGUCCCCCUUUUUUAUUUUUUAUUUUUUAACAGCCUGUGUUCAAAAUAAAUUUUUUUAAUUCUUUCAGAAUUUAAAGAAGAUUCAAUUUUACUGAAAACUGUUUAGCAUGAGUUUACAGUUUUUGAUCUACUGGUUUAUGUUAUUGGUUCACGAAGGAAAGUCCAUAAUAUAUUUUGACCAUGAGAACAGUUAAUUUACUUUAUUUGAUUGCAUGUAUAUUUCGUGUUAUGUUACUUUGCUUAUGUUGUUUACUGGCUCCAGUGCUGUAAUUUCGACUUUUAUUUCAAAUAUCUUGUUUGUCUGUGUCAUAUUUUUCAUGGUAGAUAUGAAAUCAAAUUGAAAAUGCAUUAAACUUUCAGCAAUGUUUUGUGAAAGGACUUUUUAUUUUGUUACUGUAACCAGGUUCAUUUAGCUGCUACUUGAAAAUAGAAGUUACCGUGUAUUACUGUAAAAUUUAAUGAUGAUUCUGAAGUUAUUAAAUAUUUCAACAUAUUUUUGUAAGUAUAAUUUUGUAAUAAUAAAAAUGCUUAUUGGUUGUAAAAAAAUCAGAUAUAUAUGGUAUGAAAAAUGUGACUUAGACAUGCAGUUAUUGUUGUAGAGUGUUUUGGUAUGGGUUACACAUAAUUUAUCUUCAGAUUAUAUUCACCAGAGUGCCUAUAAUUCUUCCUAUUGGUUAUUGAAUUAUCUAAAAUAAUAUAUCUAUCAAAUAUAGUGUCAUGUUUUGAUCAGUUAAACAUUUUUAUGGAGUUUUAUGGAAAAAUUUUUAGAAUGAAAGCUGUAUAUAUAUUUCACCUUUAUAUAACUAUUCAGAAUAUGUUUAUGUAAUAUGUAGUUUUCUGUGAAAUAUGUAUGUUUUGUAUUCAAUGAUUGUAUAUACUGGAACAGACAGAAAUUAAAGAGAAUUCCUAUAGUUUAUUUUUAUUUCAUAGAUUUUUUUUUCAAAUUCACAUAUCUGAUAGGAAAUUUUGUGCUAAAAACAAUAAACAAAUAAAAAAAAUGGGUCACCAAGCUUGUUUUUGUGAAAAAUUGUUUUGAAAACACCCACUGUUGCUGAAACUGCUGGUGGUUUUUCAACAUUUUCAUAAUUUUCUGCUUUUUUCAUUAAUACCAACAAAAACAUGAAUCAAGACAGCACAAUAAGGUUUAUAUAUUUAUUUCAUAUCAUAGUCAUAUUUGUAAUACAAUAUCAUUACAAUGAUGGGUACAAUGGAAAAAAAAUCUUGUUUCAUAAUUAUUCACUUUUGUGAACUUUUUUCAAUGAAAAAUACUCAUAGUAAAGAAAAAAAUUUUUAAUUUUGAAAAAAAAUGUUUCAUAGAAUUUUUUUCUGUUUUUCUUGUGUAUAGAUGAUUGUAUUGUGAACAUAAAAAUGGCCAGAAAAGUAUGGGUCACUAGGUUAAAUUGUAUGUUAAGACCACUUGAACACAACACCUGUUCAGACGAAAAAAUGGCCUGAACUCAACCAAAUUGAUUAUAUCUGCUAUAAGUUGAAAAAAUUCUUAAUCCUUUCUAUAAUUGAAUACUAAAUGAUUUGAAAGGAGAUAUUGUCUUAUCAAUACAAAGUUAAUUGUCUAGCAUUAUAUGAACAAUACUGUCUUUGUUCUAAAAAGCGCUGUCAAAACACAACAACAAAUGGCAAGUUGCAAUUAUUGAUACAUGUCAGGCAUGAUACAUGUCAAUACAACAUACACCAGUAUCAACAUUCGAUUACUAAUAAAACUUAUUGAAAAAAUGUUAUUUUAUACAAUAUUCUUCAUAUUUAAGAUUGUCUAUCACAAAUGUUGACAUCACUUCACUUUUUCCAUAGAUAGUAUCAGCUUCGCAGAAAGAUGCACAUUAAAAACUAUAGGAAUUCCCUUUAAGAAAACAUAUAGCAUAAAUAUGAUUAAAUUGUUGAUGUUUUUUCUGUUGUCAAACUUACCUUGGCUGAAAAUAGAGUCUCUGCUAUAGAGUGUUUUCCUAUGUCAUAUUAUGCAAUAAUUAUAUGAUUUUUCUAUUUAUAUACAGAUAUUCUAUUUGUUCAUUUUUCAGAGCUUCUUUUACAUUUUGUAAAAUGCUUAACAACUUUAUGAAAUACAAUUAUAUGAAAAGAAA